GGGCGCGGGGGUGAAUGUCCGGCGCGGGAGGCCCCCGCGUUUCGCGCGUGGGCUGCCGAGCUUCCCGCGGGUGCGUGGUUCGCAGACAUUCCAUAAAGCCGCGCCGGGCGCCAACACGCCCCCGCUGUCUGCGCCAAGUGCGCAAACUGUGCCAGAACGCUCUAACAGCGUACGGAGCCACGCGAAGCGGUUGCCGCCACCGGCAGAGGGACGGAGGGGGCGCGGCGCCUCUCGUUUUCUUUGGGAGGGGCGGCGCCAAUUAUUGGGGAGGCGCCCGGCCGCCGGCCUGCUGCGCUUCCUGGUGUUGGGUGCGUGGCCUUCUGUGGCAAGCGGGGGGAGCGUCGCAGGGGGCGGGGCUUGCUUGCGGCAUUAGUUUAUUUUGGCCCGGCGUAUUUCUUUCGUGUUGCGCUGCCCCCGUGCGCAGUUUGGGU